AUGGGGCAAACGGAUCAGUGUCUACCGACUUGUAACCUGGAAUCAAACCCAGAACGUUUCGGCGUGGUAGACAAGAGGUUCUGCGUCGAAGGUGGCUCCCGCUGCGGUAAAGGCGAAGGCCUAUUUGUUUUCGCAGCUGAGGGUGCAAGGGAAUUAACAGAACUCCUCAAUAUGUACAGCCACGAAGCACAGUCCCGACUUAGCAUGGCAUCCAGAAGUGGUUCAGUCUUAGAAAAGCGGUAUUCCGAUACGAGCUCAUGCAUGGACGACUGUUUUAAUCAGUCUAUGCGCUCUGUGUCUCCGUCGUGGGCUGGUCCUUCGAGCCAGACUAUGCAUUGUCUAUCUGGACACCUGGAUCUCGACUCAAGUAUGGAAGAAGAUAAGUUCCGGAGACCGACGUCCUUACCCAGGUGCUCCAGUUGUGUUGGCAAGAUCAGUCAUUUAGCGAGGUCAUCAACAAUAAAUACACCAGGUUCCAUGAUGUCUCCCGUCUGGACCAUGGAUAAUAUUAUGGAGAAACGUUCGGAUUCGGACCGGGCAUCGAUUUACUCUCGUUCAAGUGGCAGUGCCUCUGAGUAUUCAGUGCCACGCUGCCUUUUGGACAAAAGCUUCGAUUCAAAACGUGGAAGCCCAGUUGCUUGUUGUACACCAAUGGUACCUGUGAAAACUGGGAACUCCUGCCAAUGCUGGCAACUGCCUAAGCCGUGCUGCUGCCGAAAGAAAACUUUCAACGGACCAUACGAGAACUACGAUGUACCAAAGACCCCUAUGCCGUUAAUACAGGAACACCCAGCAGAUGUUCACGCUGAUGCGGCAAGCUUAUACGAUACACCAAAGAAACUUAAGUGUCUUAUUGGACAAACAUGCGGUUGCAACCAUAACGAAACCAAAAACGACGAUAACCAAAACCCUGUAGAGUCUUGUGAUAGCGCUAACGAUCAUUCCAAUUAUGUCAAUGUCACUCCAGCGAAACCACAGAUUGAUCUUUCGAAUUAUGCAAACAUAGAUAGAGCCACGUUGGAUGAAUUUGAAAAUUCACUUCGAAUUUUACGAAGCGCAGGAUUCAGCCAGGAAGAAUUAGACGCGCUAGAAGACAUACCCGAACAUGACAACACUCACACAACCGACUGUUGUACUGAUCACUUAAAUUACAUGCAUAUGGAGCCAUUAGAAAACAGCUCAUCCAGUAAUAGCAAGAAUCUUUCAGACAAUAUUAGCAGAAUUAGUCACGUAUCAGACCCAACGCACUCAGAAACAGAUAACACAAUAAGCACUAGGCGUUCUAGCUCUGCGGACUUCACUAAACGACUCGACGACGACCUCAAUCCCAGCAUUUGUUUCACGCCAACUGUCAUCCGGCGAACGUCUAAAACAAACCGAAUCAACGAAGGCAUUCCAGUUAAAGAUGAUUUCAAAGUUCCUGAACCGAAAACCGAAAACAUUUUAGUCGCACGUUUCCGCGAUGCAGUUAAAAUUAGACGAUCGUCCAGUGUUCCGAGUAAAUCGGAUAAAAAUAGGGAUUCGUCCAGUUCAAACGAUUCCGGAGUAUCCACCGGAUCGCUGAAGCACCACAGGGGUGAUUUUAAUGAGUUUGAGAUGCCCGUAACUAAUUCGAGGUCCUCGAAGAAUCACAUGAGAAAUAAACAGUUCAGGGCCACAUUGACGCCCGUGCACGCGUCCUUUGUGAAGUCGAGUUCAUCGGAUCCUCUGAAGAAUUUGACCUUUCAAUUCGAGGAAGUUGCAACUAUGGCCAAAUCCAACUCUUGUGACGUCGACACCUUAACGAGGCGGAAGAAAAGAAAUGGUGACACAGAUUCAACAGCACGUCACAGUCAAAUGACGAACAAAAGCACAUCGAGCGGAGCAUCUGACACUUCAGAUUACAUGGAGUCACUCUCUGUCAGCUCUUUCUCUUCUUGCGACGUAUCUGCUGAUCGCCAUUUAACAAGACCGCGUUCAGGAAAGGAAUACGCGAGCAUCGACCGCGCCGUCUUAGCAAGCGUCUGUGACAAUUGA